UCAUUACUCCCUCAGGAAAUCAAUACAUCAUUGUUCAUUAUUUCCCACCCAACACUACGUAACAUUUCCUCUCCUCUUAUCAUUUCAUCAUCAUAGUUAUUACUUUCAACACCCCCUCUUCCUUCCUUUUGGUAAAAUAUUCGUGCAUUCGUAAUUAUGGAGGGAAUUACCAAUGGCCAUGUUGAAGCAACCUUUUGUUUGAGCAAAAAUGGUGGUGAUCCACUCAACUGGGGCGCGGCGGCGGAGUCAUUGACAGGGAGUCAUUUGGAUGAGGUGAAGCGUAUGGUGGAGGAGUAUCGUAACCCGUUGGUUAAAAUCGGCGGUGAGACACUUACCAUUGCUCAGGUGGCUGGAAUUGCUUCCCAUGAUAGUGGUGUUAGGGUGGAGCUUUCGGAGUCGGCAAGGGCCGGUGUUAAGGCAAGUAGUGACUGGGUGAUGGAUAGUAUGAAUAAAGGUACGGACAGUUAUGGUGUUACCACCGGUUUUGGUGCUACUUCUCACCGGAGAACUAAACAAGGUGGUGCCUUGCAGAAGGAGCUAAUUAGGUUUUUGAAUGCCGGAAUAUUUGGCAAUGGUACAGAAUCAAAUUGUACACUACCACAUACAGCAACAAGAGCUGCAAUGCUUGUGAGGAUCAACACUCUUCUUCAAGGGUAUUCUGGUAUUAGAUUUGAAAUCUUGGAAGCUAUCACAAAGCUCUUGAACAACAAUAUUACCCCAUGUUUACCACUUCGCGGUACAAUCACAGCUUCCGGUGAUCUUGUUCCACUCUCUUACAUUGCCGGUUUAUUAACGGGCAGACCCAACUCUAAAGCCGUUGGACCGUCUGGAGAAAUUCUCAAUGCCAAGGAAGCUUUUCAACUUGCUGGCAUUGGUUCUGAUUUCUUUGAAUUGCAACCUAAGGAAGGUCUUGCUCUUGUUAAUGGAACUGCUGUUGGUUCUGGUUUAGCUUCUAUUGUUCUGUUCGAAGCAAAUGUACUAGCGGUUUUGUCUGAAGUUAUGUCGGCAAUUUUCGCUGAAGUUAUGCAAGGGAAACCUGAAUUUACUGAUCAUUUGACUCAUAAGUUGAAGCAUCACCCUGGUCAAAUUGAAGCUGCUGCUAUUAUGGAGCAUAUUUUGGAUGGAAGCGCUUAUGUUAAAGCCGCUAAGAAGUUACACGAGACUGAUCCUUUGCAAAAGCCUAAACAAGAUCGUUAUGCACUUAGAACUUCACCUCAAUGGCUUGGUCCUUUGAUUGAAGUGAUAAGAUUUUCGACCAAGUCUAUUGAAAGAGAGAUUAACUCGGUCAACGACAACCCUUUGAUCGAUGUUUCAAGGAACAAGGCCAUACAUGGUGGUAACUUUCAAGGAACACCUAUCGGAGUUUCAAUGGACAACACUCGUUUAGCUCUUGCUUCGAUCGGUAAACUCAUGUUUGCUCAAUUCUCUGAGCUUGUUAAUGAUUUUUACAACAAUGGUUUGCCUUCGAAUCUUACUGCAAGUAGAAACCCAAGUUUGGAUUAUGGUUUCAAGGGAUCUGAAAUUGCUAUGGCUUCUUAUUGCUCCGAGUUACAAUAUCUUGCUAACCCUGUCACCACCCAUGUGCAAAGUGCUGAGCAACACAACCAAGACGUUAACUCUUUGGGUUUGAUUUCUUCUAGAAAAACAAACGAGGCUAUUGAGAUCUUAAAGCUCAUGUCUUCCACUUUCUUGAUCGCGCUUUGCCAAGCAAUUGACUUGAGGCAUUUGGAAGAGAAUUUGAGGAACACUGUCAAGAACACUGUAAGCCAAGUUGCUAAGAGAACACUCACAACCGGUGUCAAUGGAGAACUUCAUCCUUCAAGAUUUUGCGAGAAAGAUUUGCUCAAAGUUGUCGACAGGGAGUAUGUGUUUGCCUAUGCUGAUGAUCCUUGCCUAGCUACAUACCCUUUGAUGCAAAAGUUGAGACAAGUGCUUGUGGAUCAUGCAUUAGUGAAUACCGAAGGAGAGAAGAAUUCGAACACAUCAAUCUUCCAAAAGAUUGCAACAUUUGAGGAUGAAUUGAAGGCUAUCUUGCCAAAGGAAGUUGAAAGUGCAAGGACAGCAUAUGAAAAUGGACAAAGUGGAAUUUCAAACAAGAUUAAGGAAUGUAGGUCUUAUCCAUUGUACAAGUUUGUUAGAGAGGAGUUGGGAACAGCGUUGCUAACCGGUGAAAAAGUGAUAUCGCCAGGAGAAGAGUGCGACAAAUUGUUCACAGCUAUGUGCCAAGGUAAAAUUGUUGAUCCUCUUAUGGAAUGUCUCGGAGAGUGGAACGGCGCUCCUCUUCCAAUUUGUUAAUUUACUCAAUCUGUUUCUUGGAGAAAUGAUUUCUUUAUAUAUUUGUAGCAGACUAGUAGUUGCUUUGAGAAGCAAUAUUGGUUCUAUAAGCCUAUGGUAAAUGACAAACCAAUAUCCUUCUGAUAGCAUCGUUUAUUAAGUUUUUCCUUGAUGUUCAGGAACUUUUAAUUGUUUUUGUAAUAGAAUUUCAUUUGUUUGCCAAAACUUUGGGUGCAAAUAUCAUAUGAUACGUGAUCUUUGAUGUAAAUGGUGUUUUUUUUCCAUGAAUAAAUAGUGUUUACUUUCAACCAUGAAAA